CUUUUACCAUUAUAAAACGUGCCCCUGAACACAAGAGAACGAAACCUGAUUCAACAACCCCUCCAGAGCAAAGCCAACCUCAUAUGCCUAUAAUCACUUCCCCAUUCCGGAUACAUGCAUAACUCCACCGGUCCCCAAUCCUCUAACCAUAAUCAGCCCAUCCACAUCUCAUCCAUGAUCCCACUCACCUCACUUACACACCCCUUCUCACACCUCACGAAACCUCAAAUCUCACCGCAUCCCAAAACACACUAUAACAUACGUCCUCGGUCGGGCGAUGCUCAGAAGAUGAAGAAGGGAAACCUAACGCCAAAGACCAUCACGGCUCCUCUAGCUGCCUUCACGAUGGCCUGUAUCCUCUUUGCGUAUACCCGCUCUUCAAUCCGCUCGGCGCGUGAUCAGGCCACAUCCUCACGGCCCGAGCCAUGGACCCAGCAACGGUAGCCCGUCCUGAGAUGCCCAAUGCUUUGGUAGUAUGAACGUUACGCCAGGACAAUAUUGUGUUGCAUAACGCAGCGCGACGGGUUCACCGGAUAGACACAGAGGAAGCCACAUCUCCCACAGGAUCGAU